AUGCCCAACCGUGUCUCCACUCCGAAUCAGAAACAAGGAGGCAAUCCUCAACCUGCAACCCCAAACGACAAAAACCAAACACCAAAUAACCGAAAUAACGAUCGAAACAACGAUCGAAAACAAAACACUCCCCGAAAUAAUAUGAACCGAGGCAACCAGGGCGGCCAUAAUAGAGGGCACCAAGGCAAUCAGAACAGGGGCCAGCAAAGUUCUAGCACCAAAAAUUUUAACGAUGGAAAGCCCAUCGAGUUUGAGCCAGAUCCAGAGAAGGAGGAAGGAUCUACAGAAUCUACUGGUCAAUCCCGACUUUUUGUCGGCGGUCUACCAGAGAAUAUCACUCAAGAACAAGUUCGCUCCAUGUUUCAAAAGUUCGGCGAAGUCAAGGAAGUUUUUAUCCCUCAGGGAAAAACAUUCGCCUUUAUCAAAAUGACCAACCGCAUGCAAGCCGACCAGGCUAAAUAUGGCCUCAGCGGCAAAACCAUUGUUGGACAGAAUCGCCCCAUCCGAGUAAAAUUCGCUGCUCAGGGAACGAGCAUUGAAGUCAAGAACCUAUCUCCUCUCAUUUCCAACGAGCGUCUUUAUGAUGCAUUUUCUCGUUUCGGUAAAAUCGAACGAGCCGUUGUUAUGGUCGAUGAACGAGGCAAAUCCCUCGAAAAGGGAAUCGUCGAAUUCGACCGAAAAACUCGGCAACGAAGGCGAUCGAGCAAGUCAACCAAGGUUGCUUCUUUUUAA